AUGGCUGUGAUUCAUACCUGCAGCCUGAGAAGAAAUGCAACUGCAGACGACCCAAAGAGCAAUGGAAAGACAUCAGAGGAUCGGGUUUCAACAGCGGAAGUACGCAUUGGGCCGAUGAGACUGACACAAGAUCCUAUUCAGGUUUUGCUGAUUUUUGCAAAGGAAGACAGUCAAAGUGAUGGAUUCUGGUGGGCCUGUGAUAGAGCUGGCUACAGAUGUAAUAUCGCCCGAACUCCAGAAUCUGCCCUUGAGUGCUUUUUAGAUAAGCACCAUGAAAUCAUUGUAAUCGACCAUAGACAGGACCAACACUUUGAUGCAGAAGCCGUCUGCAGAUCAAUCCGAGCUACGAAUCCAUCAGAACACACGGUUAUACUUGCAGUUGUUUCACAUAUAUCGGGUGAACGUGAAGAAGCAUCAGUCCUUCCUCUUCUCCAUGCAGGCUUCAAUAGGAGAUUUAUGGAGAAUAGCAGUAUCACUGCUUGUUACAAUGAACUAAUUCAAAUAGAACACGGGGAAGUUCGAUCACAAUUCAAAUUACGGGCAUGUAACUCAAUUUUUACAGCACUUGACCACUGUCAUGAAGCCAUAGAAAUAACCAGCGAUGAUCAUGUCAUUCAGUAUGUCAACCCCGCCUUCGAAAGGAUGAUGGGCUAUCACAAGGGAGAGCUUAUAGGUAAAGAACUCACUGAAUUGCCCAAAAGCGACCAAAACCGUGCAGAUCUGCUGGAUACCAUCAACACGUGCAUCAAGAAGGGAAAGGAAUGGCAAGGGGUUUACUAUGCCAGAAGAAAAUCAGGAGACAGUGUUCAACAGCAUGUGAAGAUCACACCAGUGAUUGGCCAAGGAGGGAAAAUCAGACAUUUUGUGUCUCUCAAGAAACUGUGUUGUACUACUGACAGCAAUAAACAGAUACACAAGAUUCAUCGUGAUUCAGGAGACAAAUCUCAGACAGAGUCUCACUCAUUUAGAUACAAGAACAGGAGGAAAGAAUCUAUUGAUGUUAAAUCAAUAACAUCUCGAAGUAGUGAUGCACCAAGCUUGCAGAAUCGUCGUUAUCCUUCUAUGGCAAGGAUCCACUCCAUGACCAUUGAAGCUCCGAUCACAAAGGUCAUUAAUAUAAUCAACGCUGCCCAAGAGAAUAGCCCAGUAACUGUAGCAGAAGCCUUGGACAGAGUUUUGGAAAUUUUACGAACCACAGAACUCUACUCUCCUCAACUGGGCACUAAAGAUGAAGAUCCCCACACUAGUGAUCUAGUUGGAGGGCUGAUGACUGAUGGCUUAAGAAGGUUGUCAGGGAAUGAGUACGUGUUUUCUAAGAACAUGCACCACAGUCACAGUCAUCUUUCACUGCCAAUCACAAUCAAUGAUGUUCCACCUUGUAUUGCACAAUUACUUGAUAAUGAAGAAAGCUGGGACUUCAACAUCUUUGAAUUAGAAGCCGUCACACAUAAAAGACCGUUGGUUUACCUGGGGUUAAAAGUCUUUGCCCGCUUUGGGGUCUGUGAGUUUUUGAACUGUUCAGAAGCCACUCUUCGGGCCUGGCUGCAGGUGAUCGAAGCCAACUACCACUCAUCAAACUCAUACCACAAUUCCACCCAUGCCGCAGAUGUCCUACAUGCAACAGCAUUCUUCCUUGGAAAAGAGAGAGUGAAGGGAAGCCUGGAUCACCUGGAUGAAGUGGCUGCAUUGAUAGCAGCCACUGUCCACGACGUGGAUCACCCUGGACGGACCAACUCUUUCCUGUGCAAUGCAGGCAGUGAGCUAGCUGUGCUCUACAAUGACACAGCUGUCCUGGAGAGUCACCACACUGCCCUGGCUUUCCAGCUCACGGCCAAGGACAACAAAUGCAACAUUUUCAAGAACAUUGACAGGACCCACUACCGAACACUGCGCCAGGCAAUCAUUGACAUGGUUUUGGCAACAGAGAUGACAAAGCACUUUGAGCACGUGAACAAGUUUGUGAACAGUAUCAACAAGCCCAUGGCCGCUGAGGAAAGCAAUUCCCACGGUGAAGGCAGUGACUGUGAAUGCAACCCCAUUGGGAAGAACUUCCCUGAAAACCAAAUCCUGAUCAAACGCAUGAUGAUCAAGUGUGCAGAUGUGGCCAACCCAUGCCGCCCUCUGGAGAUGUGCAUCGAAUGGGCUGGAAGGAUCUCAGAAGAGUAUUUUGCACAGACAGAUGAAGAGAAGAGACAAGGGCUACCGGUGGUGAUGCCAGUAUUUGAUCGAAAUACUUGCAGCAUCCCAAAGUCCCAGAUCUCCUUCAUUGACUACUUCAUAACGGAUAUGUUUGAUGCUUGGGAUGCAUUUGCACAUCUCCCAGCUCUGAUGCAACAUUUGGCUGAUAACUACAAACACUGGAAAAUGCUGGAUGAGUUAAAAUGCAAGAGCCUGAGGCUUCCAUCUGACAGCUAAAGAGGAAAGGCCACAAAAUGAGACCUCUUAAUCUACAAGCUACACUGUGAAUCACUUAGUAAUGGAGAAGAGAGGGACAUGUGUAUUUCCAUUUGAAGUGAGGCUAACAGCUGUAGAUUAAGGAGCUAACAGUUAAUACUUCCUCUUAAAUUGUCUGAAUUUCCCAGCAUUUCAUUCCUGGAAAGUUAUGUAUCUAACACAGGUGAGUAAAUGUUCUAUUGAACAUUUGAGGGAGGGCAGAUACUUUGCAAGGUCAUUUCCGCUGUUGUCGCUAGCAAAUGGCUAUCUUACAUAUUCUGUUCACCUGGAUGACGAGCAUAUAUAUGGGUUAGUGAACCUUCACAUCUUGUCCUCAAAAAAAGAGCAAAUGUCACCAUAUGACUUGAUUAUUUCUUGAGUAUUAAUGUCAAUAAAGAUUCCUCAUGAAAAGAUUCCCUAGAGGAUGGCCGCCUCUAAGAAGACCCAGCAUGAAAUGAACCAAACAGCUAGGUCUGAUUACCCUGUUGGUUUGAUAGUGUUCUUGCCAAACUGUGGUUCCCCUGGCCAGAAUAAAUACAGGCUCAACCAAAAGAGUACCGGCCUAAUGAUAGCUCCAUCCAAUGGCACCAGGAACUCCUGUGGUUCUCUUUCCUAUAAAAGCCAUCCAAAAUUGGGGGGAGGGAGAGGAUAUCUUGCUUUGGGGGAUUUAUGAAUUUCAUAUAUUUCCACCUUAUGGAGGCGGCAACGAAACAAACACUGCACGUAUUAUACAAAAGCCAUUAAAUCUAAGUAUAUGUUCAAGAACUUCUUUUUAAAAACGACAACAACAACAACAAAGUUUGUAUACAGUUGCUGUUUAAAGGUUUUAUUAAAUUGAUCUACAUUUUCUGGGUCCAAGUCUGUGCAGUGUGCUAUGCCGUAUGCUAUAUGUAACUCUUCUUUUUGCCCACCUACUUGCCUAUUGGACAGCGCUCUUUUGCUUUUAUGAUGUAAAAAAAAAAAAUGUUACAAGAUAUGUAAAUAUGUUAGAAACCAAGCAUAUUGCAGGGUGUCAUUACACUUUUAAAAUAUGAAUUGUAUGCUAAGAAGCUUCUCAAGCACAAAUGCAUAUUUUUAUACAUUUCGUUUCUCACAACUUUCUGUGCUUAACAUAAAUUCAGAUUUUGGACUCCUUUUUCCCUUUUCCCAAUCAACUCCUUUACGUGUAUAUAAAUACUAGCAACCCAGCAAAUGGUGUAUUUGGUUUUUUUCUUUCAAAGGCUGCUCACUCCAUGCUGCAUUUCUAAGAGGUCUAAGCAGUAACUGAAUGUGACUGGUAAGGGAGGUGCUUUUUCAAACCAUAAAAUUUGCAAAUGCAAAAGGGCCUAGGGCUGGCUCAGAUUUUGUACAGGGAAAGGGAAAUGUAGUUGGUAAAAGAAAAAGGGCUUGUUUUGGUAGUCAAGAAAAAAAUACAAUGACUGUCAUUUUGCUGAGUACUACAUACUGUGCCAAUGUUUUUCUAUGUUUUGUACUAACAAAUGGAAGCAUUCAUGAAAUUUCCAUGCAAAGAAAUGCACCUAAGCUCUAUUUUUGUUAAAAUUGUAAUAGCAUCUUUGUGGAAGCAGCAGCUACCGCCCUCCGCUCUGUAUCAUAAGGCUGCAUUGUGUAUAUUUGAUGAAGUUGUUUUUUUUGUGAAGUAUUUGUAAUGGCUUUUCCUACAGCUGAGCCCCAUUUCCCUACGGUUGUCUUAAUUUGAUCUGUUUGGCCUAAAUUUUUCCUAGUAUCAAGACUUUGGCUUUAGUGUGUUUUUUUAUUCGACAGGGAUGGCAUUUUGAAGACCUGGUCCAAACUUGUUCCAAAGACAGAGUUCCAUUUUCAGGAACUAGUUAUGACAAGGUAGGAUAGAAUUCAGCAGCUUACAUAAGGCGAGAACAAUCUUUUCUAACCAUCUCACUCGCAGGAUCAUUUAUCAGGAGACUGACAAUUUCUAUAUGAAACAUUUCAUUUAACUCAGUGUUAUGUCAAAUUGAUUUCGUAUCAACUACAAAAUUAAUGUGGGAAUGUUAAAUGCUUUAAGACAGGCAGGUAAUAAAACUCAAAUGUGGAUUUGCUCUUUAUCUACCAGUAUAAUCUGCAGACUUCUGACGAGUUGCUAAGCUCUCAGCUCAAUGUUCCAGAGCCAAUUUAGCCAAAGCAUGGGAUUCUGUACCACGUGUAUGUCCAAUACGAUUGUAAGAUUGAGGCCCUUAUAGUUUAAAAAAAAACCAAAACAUGAGUAACUCACUGCCUUCUUCUACUGAAUACCUCCCUAACAUUACAUAGGGCUUCAAGGUUCCAGAAGAAAUUAGGGGAUGUGAGGCUCUCUACUUUUUUGAGAAAACCUAUAUACCUAGCACUGUUAAUAUUAACAAGAAAAGGAGAGGUUGAUCUCAAAAUGGUCUGUUUCCCUCCUAUUCCUAUUAGCUUGAACUACGUACCACACUCUGCGUUUAUUUAUAGAGUUGUACCUUCAUAUCUAAGACUACAAUUCACUUGCUUCAAUGUGAAUAUUGGCAAAUUUGCCUUCCAGGAACAGAACAAGCCCUGUCUCUCUCUCCAUCCAGUCAGAACUCAGCCGGCCAAAGAGAGGUAAAUGGAGGUUAAGAGUAGGCACCCCUAUAUCUGAAGCCUUUAAAUCUGUAACAGAGACUUUCCUAGAGGCUCUGUGUUUUAUCAGUGAUCGAUAAGAUACGUCAUUGUGUAUUGGUUCCACUGUUGUGGCACGUGUGACUUUGUUGAUAUGAAGUACACUAAGGAGACCACAGAAGAAAAUACAUAUGGAAUAUCCACGAGUCUUGGCUAUAAUUUCAUUGUCAUAGUUAGAAAGCUCAACUCUGAGCACAUGUGACUAGGUGGGCAGCCAGAGUCACAGCCCCUGCCAGAAUAUAAAAUUCAUCCACUGGAAAUUGUUCAGUUCCUAUGAUAUUAGUGCUUCCCUCCCAUCCUACUGUACUUAAAAAAAAAAUUCCACCUCCCAGAAAUUAACGUAGGACUAGCUCAAUUAAUGAGCUGUGAUCUGUUCAUAAGCCAAGCUGCUAUCAAUCUGUCAGGUCUAAAAAUCUGCUAUUUCAUUGAAAACUUAAAAGAUAAUGUACCAGGGGAUAAGAUUCAUUGCAAAGGAUAGACAUAUAAAUUUAGGGUACUAAUGCUUCCCAAACUCAACAUUUGGGCUCUAUUAUUUCACUCUGGGUAAUCUUCUAUUACACAUUCAUGUUUUCCACCAGCAAUUUAAAUCGUUUGGCCCAUAGAAUCUUCUAAGUAGAAAGUUUAUGUUUGACCAGUUUAUAAGUGUAUCUACAGAGUAUAUAUUCUGGAAAUACAAAGUUAGCAAACCAGGGGCAGUGAUUUAUCUAUUAAUUCCUGUGUAAUUUGCUGAGGAUGCCUCAUAGAAGUAAAGAAACUGCCUUUCAUUCGUGGUAUAAUUCAGAAUUUAUUAAGCAAAAUCUGAGCAGUAAUGGAUGGAUAAUUUGUAUUUAGGAAACCCAAAGAGCUGAAAGGGCCCCUGAGAAUCCAUCUAGCAACUUCUCCUGCUUUUAGCUAAGACCUGACGUGAUAAGAGGUUCCUUCCCAAACAGUCUAUUGUUUUUAAAGCCCUUAAAGAUGAUUCAAAAUUUCAAUUCAAGGAACAUUUAUUAAGCACCUACAUUGUACUAAGCAUUGGAGACAAAAAGACAAAAACCAAAUAGUUCCUGGCCUCAAAGAGCUUACAUUUUACAGAAAUGGCAGAAAAAGAAAGUAAAGCAGCCCUGAGAAGGGCCAGCAAUACAGAGGAGAUGGCUCACUGAAGCAGGCAGUGCUCAAAUUUCCCAAAGUGAACCACUUCCUCCUCAAAGAUUAUCCUUAAGGGAUAAUUCUCAUCUGCAAAUGGGAACCCUGGCCCUUCCAUCUCCAUCCCCUCCACCUAAAGAAACAAGAAGCCUUCUGUGAGCACUGUGAAAGCAUUGAUUUCAGAAGGGUCCAGAGAAAGUCCAGCAAGAAGUCAAGUCUGAAAUGAAGUACAAGCCUCGCUGAUUAGCACACAUCGUAAGUCCCGAUUCCACCUUUUCAAUCUAGAGUUUUGCUAAAGGGUCUCAGUUUAUAAAUAAUCAGUUCCUCAUUAAUGCUCUAGGGAUUUAAUCUUUACCUAUUUUAGGAUUCUGUGUAAAGCCAAAACUGACAUCAUCUUUGCCCAAAAAUUAGCUACAUUACCUUUCAAGGCUCAUAUUUCUCAUCUGGAAAUUGAAGGUGUUGGAGGGCCCCUUCCAAAGCUAAAAUUAUAUGAUUUAAGAUAACUCUUCUGGUAGCUAUCCAAGGUAAAGACCGAUUUAAACAAAAGACAAGGAAGAAAAAUUAUUUAAAGAGUUGUUAAAGGCCUGAAUAAAGGUUUCUUACUUCCUGAUUCAGAAAUAACAUAAAUUGGCAGAAAAAUACCCUUUGAGAAAAGAGAUUAAUGCAACUAUUGACAGGUAUACUGUUGAAUUCCAUUUAUUAAAAUACCUUCCUUGGGCCAUUUAAUCUUACUUUAAAAUAAUUUUAAAAUUAAUCCUACCAAACUUUUUAAAUGUGUGGACUCCAAGUUCCCUCCUCACUUCUAGUUCUGAAAAAAUGACUAAGGAAUUAGGGAUACAAGGUAAUCUAAUGCCAUGGCAAUUAGGCUAAAAUGUAUGGUGAUAACAUGAUCAAAUAUUAGCAGUCGUUGAAUAAAUGAAGCCUUUUUCAACUUUCAGUUAAAAUGAAUAAAGGGAGCCUCUGUCCUUCAUUCAUUAAUGAUGAGCUAAUUGAAUCUUGAGCUAUCAGCGGCAAUUCCCUUGUCCCAAAUAGCUAUGCUUCUUACUGAUUCAGCUUUCUGUCCUAAAACAUCCGGGGAGAUAGCUACAGUUCUAAAUCAAGCCAGUAACAGCUUAUGUCAGUUCACACUAGGAAAUAACAUGGGAAAUUUUUUUCAGUUCAAUUUCAAUUCUGGUUAAAAUGAAGUCUUUAGGAUAAUGCUUCAGGUUGAAUUCCAUGGAAGGGAGGAGGUACAAAAUAAAUCCAACACUCAGAAUCCUAACUAGUUUCAUGCUCAUUUGGAUUUUAGAGACUAAAGAAAAUAGAAUUUGAUUUAAAUAUUUAAGCCUAGUUGUCAAAAGGAAAAAAAAAGCUAUACACUCAAAUGGUUUUUUAAGUUUCACAUAGUCAUUUAUCCCCAUAACAAAUUCAAGGUAGCCCUACAGAGUACUGAAGUACUUAGAGACAACCAGAUUAGGUGGGAGGCAGAGCUCACAGGUUUCUCCCAAGGAUUCUGAGUUAGCAGGGUCUCUCAACAGCUUCCUUAUCUAUAAAAGAAGGGAGCUGAAGAGGUGAUCUCUAAGAUCCCUUCCAGCUCUAAGAAGCCCUUUUAGUUAAUGCCACAAUUUCCCUUCUCUUCCAAUCCCACUCCACCCAAAUAAUUCAAGUCUGGAAGAAGAAACUCAAAACACAGAACCACUUCAGUGUUACCUCCAGCCAAAAUCAUCGUACCUAACAAAGGUGAACCAAACCUCUAUGUCUCCCAAGGUUAAACUUAGUUUAAUUAUAUCAGGGCUUUCAACUUCUCCAAGAUGUCACUUAAAAAUUAUCAACUAUAGAUUAAAUUCCCUAAAGGCAAAUUCAUAGGAUUAUAGAUCCUGGUAGGGAGCACAAGGGCCAUCUAGCCAGGCCCCUUCAAUUUACAGAUGAGGAAUGGAGUCCCAAAAAGAUUAAUCAUACUCCCAAGGUCUCAUAGGUAACAAACUCAGACUCUCAAUCAAGUCAGUGCCUGCCAGUUUGCAUUCUUGCAAAUGUAAACCUUGGGGGCAGCAAGGUGGUGCAGUGUGAAUAGAGUGCUGAGUCAGGAAGACUGGAGUUGAUAUGA